AUGUUCCCUGUGCCGAUCAAGCUCGUAGACAAGGUCCUCGCGAACGCCUUGAAAUUUCAAUUAUAUGAUGGUUCCGGGUCGGAGAAGCGGUGGUCAGGCUACACGACCGAGCCGCCUAACCACGAAAGCGACUUGUACGCGCCGUUUGUUACGCUUGUCAAAUCUAUCGCUGGCCUCAUACCGAAGUCUGGCGCGACACCGAACGACGUGCAAUGGCGGGACUACCACAACACUCGACCCCUAUCCCGGGAUCGCUACGCGGCAGACAUCAGGCCAGACAUCGUCGCGACGAUCGGGGUCAAAGACGAACAGCCUGUACCGUGGAGUCGCGUCGUGGUCCCAGUGGAAAUGAAGAAGCAGGUGCGGGACGGUCCUGCGCUGCUCCAGCUCUUGAAAUACAUGCGUAUGGUCUUCCACGAGUCGAUGGACCGCUGCUUUGUGCUCGGCAUCGUGGUGGCAUGCACGAACAUGUCCGUGUACUUGGCCGACCGGACUGGCGUCCUAGGAUCGGUCGUUUUCAACAUCCACGAGAAACCAGAGCUGCUGAUUCGCGUCAUCGUCGGGAUAUGCACGUUGUUGCCCGCCGAUCUUGGGUGGGACACCUCAAUGUCGGUCAUUCGCGAGCAGCAAAAGUACUCGAGAAGCGAGGUGAGACGCCUGAAAUUCGAGCGCUCUUACGCGGUACCGUGGAACCCGGAAAAGGAGGACCACUACUGGGUGAUCGACAUGCCGAAGCAGAAGGAGGGCGCGGAGUAUGGUGUGAUGGACGAGAACAAGACGGAGACAUUCGUGCUGUACAAAGGUCUCAACGUGCAACGCGGCGAGGUGAUCCGCGGGCGUGCGACGCGCAUCUGGAAGGCGUGGCUGCUCGACGAUUUGUCGCUGCCGCAGGAAGACCGUCCGCUGUUCAUCGUGAAGGACACAUGGCGCGACGACGAGCGGCGCCUUGAGGGCGAGUUCUAUGCGAAGAUCGGACGCACUCCUGGAGUCGCGACGAUGCGGUCGUACGGGGUGGUGUACGUCGGCGACCAGGAAGACACCGUCGCAUCGCGGAUCCGUCGCGGUCUGCACGUCUACGCGAAACCCCGCUGCAUUGACAUGGCGCAGAAGGGCUUCGAUCCGAACACGAUUCCAUCGUCCACACCUGAUAGAACCAGGGGAAACACGACGGACUACGGGUCUCUUAUUGACUACCUACCUCUUAUUGACGUGCCCGAACGAUCGCCUCGCGGAAGAACACAUUCAAGACUGGUCAUGGAGACGUACGGUUGGCCGAUCAAGAUGGGUCUUACACUUCUCGAAACGGUCCAGGCCAUGCGUGACGCGCUUGUUGGGCAUUGGACGGCAUUCAAGAUGGGCGUCCUACACCGCGAUCUCAGCGAAGGUAACAUCCUUAUCACGGGGAGCAAAAAAGUAGGCUUCCGGGGCGUGAUCAUAGACAUGGACUACGCAAAGUUUUCCGACGAUCCCACACUUGCUGAGGAUCCGAUUUCGGUACGCUGA